AUGCUGUUGACGGUCCAGGCACGCUCGAGGCGCACACCCACCACGCACACUCGCACACAACCAUGGAUACCACAUGUGCAGUGCAGCAACAGCUCUCCUCUCACCACUCGCUGCUGUCGAGGCAUCUGA